AAGUGUAUUCUGCCGGCCUCUCGCGAGGUUUCGCGGUGCGGGGCCUAUGCGGAUCUCAGGCGCCGCACAGCCACGGCUUGAAGUUGGGAAUCCACCGUACAUUCACGGGCUGCGAGCGGCUGUACCGGCCUCAGCAGGUUAUGGCUGUCUGGUGUGCAGACUGAAGAAUUUGGUUGAGUGGAAAUCUUUAGUGUGGGAUGGCUACACGGCCAUACCCUUAUGAUAGUAAUUCUAGUGAUCCAGAAAAUUGGGAUCGUCGAUCUCACAACAGACCUCGCAGACUCUAUAAGCACUCCAGCGCUCCUUCACGCGCACCAAAGUUUGGGGCCCGAAUUAGCAAAAUGAGCCUCCACGCAGCUACUGGAUAUGAGCGGUCGCGGGAUAGGCGCAGGUCAAGCGAUCGAUCACGUGACUCGUCGCAUGAACGGACAGAAGGGCAGCUCACACCUUGUAUCAGGAAUGUUACUUCACCGACCAGACAGCAUCAUGGUGACAGAGAAAAAGAUCAUAUCUCUACUUCACGGCCCAGUAGCCCUCGUCUUCAGAAGGCUUCCCCAAACGGCUCUGGUAUCAUUGGCAACCUCAGCCGGAAUUGCAGCCAGUCCAGUGUUGAUGGAACUUGUAAAUCAGGAGGAGAGAUGGUUUUUGUGUACGAAAACCCAAAGGAAGGAACUCGAAGCGUGCGCACUUCAGAGCGAGUGACGCUCAUUGUUGACAACACCAGAUUCGUUGUGGAUCCAUCCAUCUUCACAGCACAACCGAACACAAUGCUGGGCAGGAUGUUUGGAUCGGGCAGAGAGCACAACUUCACACGUCCGAAUGAAAAGGGAGAGUACGACGUGGCAGAAGGAAUCAGUUCUACUGUGUUCCGAGCUAUUUUAGAUUAUUACAAGACGGGGAUCAUCCGCUGUCCAGAUGGGAUCUCGAUUCCCGAACUGAGGGAAGCCUGUGACUACCUCUGCAUCUCCUUUGACUACAGUACCAUCAAAUGCAGAGAUCUCAGUGCUCUAAUGCAUGAGCUCUCCAAUGAUGGUGCCCGCAAGCAGUUUGAAUCUUACCUGGAAGAAAUGAUUCUUCCACUGAUGGUGGCGAGUGCUCAGAGUGGCGACCGAGAAUGCCAUAUUGUAGUCUUAACAGAUGAUGAUGUGGUCGACUGGGAUGAGGAGUAUCCACCACAGAUGGGAGAAGAAUACUCACAAAUAAUUUACAGUACCAAGUUAUACCGAUUCUUCAAAUAUAUUGAGAACCGUGAUGUAGCUAAGACUGUGCUGAAAGAACGAGGACUGAAAAAGAUCAGGCUGGGUAUUGAAGGUUACCCCACGUACAAGGAGAAGGUGAAGAAAAGACCUGGGGGCCGGCCCGAGGUCAUCUACAACUACGUGCAGCGCCCCUUCAUCAGGAUGUCCUGGGAGAAGGAGGAGGGUAAAAGCCGCCACGUUGACUUCCAGUGUGUGAAGAGCAAGUCUAUCACCAACCUGGCGGCAGCAGCGGCAGACAUCCCCCAGGACCAGCUGGUGGUCCUGCACCCCACACCACAGGUGGACGAGCUGGACGUGCUGCCCAACCUGCCGGUCAACAGCAACAACGAAGGUGAGCUGGAGCCCCCGCCCCCGGCUGUCUGAUGCCUCGCAAGGAGGAGGAGGAGGAGGUGGGUUGCUGCCAGAGACCCCAGAGCAUGCCGUUGCUGAAUGACAUCCUCGUCAUGCAUUUACCCGUGCGAGAGAAAACGUGCGUCAACGUCUUACACUAAUAUGAACUUGCGGCGUAACCAAGUUACAGCUUGUAUUUUCCAAACACCAAGGCCGAAAGCUGAUUGCUUUUGUUGCCAGGAAGAGGAGUGAGAGCGUGAUGUAUUUGUUUCUUCCACAUUCUUAUUUUUAAAUGCACAAUGUUAUUUAGAAAAGGCUAUUGCAAUCUGGGUGCUAUGUACCGGGGGAAUGGCUUUGACCUGUAAUAUUGUGUUUGAAAAACCACGUGUUCUGUGAAAUGCAUUAAAUUUCUGCAGAUACAGCAUGGGGCAAAGUGAUCUCUAGACUCCGUGCACUAAAUUUACCCUGGUGGUUUGAAGCAUUUGUUCUUCGGGCAUAGUUGGUGGGGAUGGUGGGUUAUAGAGCAGAUAUUUCUAGGUAUUGCUGUGUUCAGAGGAGUGCUGCUCCAUGAAACUAUUAUUAAGUUUAAUUUCUUGAAAUAUAUGUACAUGUUGCAGGAGUGUUCUUUGCAUUUCUAACAGCUGAGGAAUGAUUAUAUAAAUAAACGUCUCAAGCAUU